AUGGCGCCCCUACACUCGCGCGCUCCCGUUGCACCACAGCUUCUUGAGUUGCCACUCCAGCUCGCCAUUGUCGCCUUUUCUGUCACGCUCCUCGGCCUCACUGCGUGGGACUAUUCGCGCUGGCAGAUCCUCAAGGAGAAAUCACGCAUCAACAACUUUGUCGAACUCCAAGACAAUGGCAUGCUCACCGUCGUAUUCGCAUCAAUGAUUGUCUCCGCUAUUGGUUUCGCUUUCGGCAAUUUGGCAGCGUUCUUGGCGUGCUUGCAAUUCCCAAAGCGACGCGGUGAGAGGACGGGCAAGGGCACCUACGGCUACGUCCUUGUCGGCCUGGUAGAGCUCAUCCUCAGCGGUGCGUACUUGGGCAUCGCCGCCGCUAUCACUGCCUUCUCGGUCCAGAGAAAUCCCAGCUUCGUCAGAGGUCCCAACUUCUCAGAACCUUUCUCCGAAAAUCAAAGAGUGUUCCUCCGAAGCAUCUACGAGAUGUUCAAGAAUGGUCAGAAUGGUAACCCUGCCACUAGCACCACACAGAACCUCGCAGCGUUAGGCCCUUGGGCUAACAUCACCACGCUCCAACAGGCCAACGCUUUCCUCGACCAAAACAGGUACCUCAACUACAAACACUACCGAGUCACCACAGCGAUCGCCUGGGUCACCCUGGCGACCACCUUCUUCGUAAUGGUCGUUCACUUUGCUUUGCCAUUUGUACUCAAGGCGCUGGGCAUGACGAGGCCUCCCAAGGGCCAGCCUCCAGCUAGGUCCGCGAGCAGAGCGCCGGUAGGCUAUGGUGACAAGAGGAAUCGACAGGCGGGAUACAGGAGAGAGGAGUAUGAUGAUUAUUGA